AUGUUUCACAGAGGAACAUCUGCUGCAAAUCUGCGUGACAGCCAUGUAACUUUGCCUCACUGGGGCCCAGUAAGUCUUUAUGUGCUGCAGCAGAGCGUCAUCAUCACAGGAGAGGAUUACUCACAGUUUGCAAAACAACUUCAGCCUCCAAUCUUUGUGAACAUCUUCACUGUGGUUUUUAUUCUUACCUCGGUGUCUUCCCUGCCCGGAGAAACAGAGAAAGGAAGAAGAAAAGUGGUGCAUGUUCUCGAGGAUGAAUCCGGAGCUGUGAUUGUGCAGACAGCUCCUGGUAAGGUGGUGACGCACCGAGGUGGCUCCAUCACUCUGCCCUGCAGAUUCCUCCAUGAGCCAGAGAACACAGAUCCUGCUCGCAUCCGCAUCAAAUGGACCAAAGUGACAGAUUCCCUGCAGUUUGAGGAUGUCUUUGUUGCACUCGGAAAGCAGGAGCGUGUGUUUGGUUCCUACCGAGGCCGGGUGUUUUUGGAGCAGGCAGGACCAGGCGAUGCCUCUGUGAUCAUCCAAAAUGUCACUCUGGAGGACUACGGGCGCUACGAGUGCGAAGUUACCAAUGACAUGGAGGAUGAUACAGGAUUUGUCAAUCUGGACUUAGAAGGAGUGGUCUUCCCCUACUAUCCCCGGGAGGGGCGCUAUAAGCUUAACUACCACCAGGCUGAAGACGCCUGCAAACAUCAGGAUGCCAUCCUGGCUUCUCAUUCUCAGCUCCACAAAGCUUGGCUGGAUGGAUUAGACUGGUGUAACGCUGGAUGGCUGGAGGACGGCUCGGUCCAGUACCCCAUCUCCCAUCCCAGGGACGAGUGUGGCCGUAAGGACAACCCUGCUGGUGUUCGGAAUUACGGAUACAGGCACAAGGAGGACGAGCGCUAUGAUGCUUUCUGCUUUACUUCCAAGAUGAAUGGUAAAGUGUAUUUCCUGAAACGUUACAAGAAAGUGAACUUUGCAGAGGCGUUAAAGGCAUGCAUUCGAGAUGGUUCAUUGGUGGCCAAAGUGGGUCAGCUGUACGCAGCCUGGAAGUUUCAACUCCUGGAUCGCUGUGAGGCCGGCUGGCUGGAGGACGGCAGUAUUCGAUACCCAAUAGUCAACCCUCGCUCUCGUUGUGGGGGAUCCCAGCCAGGGGUUCGACACUUGGGCUUCCCCGAUAAAAAGUUCCGCCUCUACGGGGUCUACUGUUUCCGCAAAAGCGCAGAUGGAACAAAAGUUGCUUCUAAAAUGACAAAAGACCUGAAGAAAAGUUUGCCAAAGUGGCAGAGCAGCAACAGUCUCCCUGCAAAUACCACAAAUAGUCUUUAAAGCAUAAAGACUGACAGCUCGGAAGGAGACAGUUUUAGAUUAUUCUGCAUCUGUUGCCUUGUAGCCAGCUUCAAUUCAUUACUUUUAAAUCCAAGC